AAGCUUAAUUUGCUCGUCGCAACAAUUAAUAGCGAGUAGCUUUACUGAUUCCAGCACUGAUCCUUCUGUGCCUGCCACGGUGCAUGUUUGCUUAACACCUACUCUCUCUGGAAAUUCGUUCGCUUUCCCCAGAACCUUCAUUCUCUGGACAAUUCUAUCAACCGAGAUGAAGAGGGGAAAUUUGAGGAUCCAAAACAAGAGCCGAUAGAAUUACGAGAAUGGUGGAAAAAAGUAUGUACAAAAAGUUGUGUAGUUGAGGACCCUUGUUUCCAUUUUACGUGUCCCUGGACAAUUUCCAGCGGUGAGAAAUAUGUUUUUUAUUCUUUUAAAGUUGUUAAAUGUGAAUUAAAUGAUGGUGGUGGAAAAUAAGCAAUUCUUGAAGAGCCAUGGAGUUUGACUUCUGUUGAAAUGGUGAAAUCUGUUUUAAAUGUUUUGAGUUUUGUUUCCCACACAAGCUUUCAAGCCAUUAACUUGGGAUGACCCUCUUGCAGCUAACCUUUAUUGUCUCCAAGUUAUGCUACCAUAUUUGACUUGUCAAGAUGUCAACACGAGCUUCUACAGAUGUUAGCCUCAAUAAAGCUGUUCCAGAAAAUAGAUGCUCGCGAGCUUCUUAUUUUGUGUGAAGGGCAGAUAAAGGGCUGAUUGAUAUUUUUUAUUCCUUGUUUCCUGUCCACCGAAUGUCAAGAGAAUAUAGAUGUUAUCCGAUGGUUUCAUUUUGUAUAUUUGCAUAGAUGAAACACAUGAAGAGUGUCACGAGUGACAACCCUUCUACUUCCCCUGGCAAUAAAAUGAAGAAACCUGGAGGCCAUAAAAAUUAUUCUAAUAAAGACGACAAUGUGCAAAAUGAUCUUUGGACAGAUGGGCUCAUUUGUGCUUUUGAAUUCGUCUGGGGGCCAAAAAAAUCAAUUCAUUCAAGAUCUCGUUCGAAGAUCCCAUCACGAUGGCAAGUGGAUGGUGAAGAUUUAAAGAUGCAAGUGCCUGCAAAUGGAAAAGCUGAGUCUUCUUCCCCGACAAUAGAUGGGAACAAACUAUUAGAGUUGUAUUCCUUAAAAGAACUUGGAAGCAACGAGACUUCUUCUUUUGAUGACUACAAAUAUGUUCAGACCCAUCAAUCAAGCCAAUGCCAGGGUAUAGAAAGACUUGAAGGUAGUCAUUGGGUACCAAUUGGCUGGGCUAGAAUUUCAGAACUUGUUAAAACUGUGCAAGUGGAUGCUGAACUGUCCUUGCCGGAGUUUGAGUCCAUAGAUGAUGACUUAACUGUUGCAGAUCUAGCAGCUCCCUAUUGGGAACGUCCAGUAGGGCCCAUAUGGUGGUGCAAUGUGUCUGCAGGUCACCCCUCGGUUCAGGCAUGGCUCAGCAAUUGUCAGCUGUUACAUCCAACUGUAAGUUUAGCUCUAAGAGAUGAAAGUAUCCUAACUAGCGAGAGGAUGAAGCACCUUUUGUAUGAGGAGCUGCUUUCUUCUGGAGGUUAUAAUGCACCAAGAACAGUGCAUGAAGUCAUUGCACAUUUGGCUUGCCGCCUUACUCGAUGGGAUGAUAGGCUAUUUCGUAAAGACAUAUUUGGGGCAGCAGACGAGAUUGAAUUGAAGUUCAUGGACAGGAGAAACCAUGAAGAUAUGCAACUCUUUAGUGUAAUUCUCAACCAAGAAAUUAGAAAGUUAUCGAGACAGGUGAUCAGAGUGAAGUGGUCACUUCAUGCAAGAGAAGAGACUGUAUUUGAACUUCUCCAACAUUUGAGAGGAAAUGUGGCAAGAAGCUUGUUAGAGGGAAUAAGAAAAAGUACAAGAGAAAUGAUUGAGGAACAAGAGGCUGUUCGUGGCCGCCUGUUUACCAUUCAAGAUGUGAUGCAAAGUACUGUUCGUGCAUGGCUGCAGGAUAAAAGCCUUCGAGUAACCCAUAAUCUUGCUGUUUUUGGGGGCUGUGGCCUUGUUCUUUCUAUCAUCACUGGGUUAUUCGGGAUCAAUGUUGAUGGAAUCCCAGGAGCAGAGAGUACACCAUAUGCAUUUGGUUUAUUUGCAGCGAUCCUCUUCUUCUUGGGAUUUGUACUAAUUGUAGUUGGACUGGUUUAUCUUGGGUUCAAGAGGCCUGUUAAGGAGGAACAGGUUGAAGUUAGGAAGCUGCAGCUGGAAGAGUUGGUUAAGAUGUUUCAGCAUGAGGCAGAGACUCAUGCUCAAGUUCGUACAAGAUUUUCUCGGAAUAGCUUGCCCCCAACUGCUGGUGACAUAUUAGAUGAUGUGGAUUAUGUUCUCAUACAAUGAUUAUAUGCUUGUUCUAUACAUUCUGCACCACUGGGCAGUGACCAGGCUCCUGACCC